AUGAACAGCAAAAACACUACGUCUGUUACUCCAUAUAUGAGAUUCGAGCCUGUUGAAUACGAUCCCCAGAUCGACCCAACGAACAUGGGCCAAUACAAGCCAAAGAUAUACAAGGUGGAGCCUGUUUACCAAAAAGUGGAUGUGGAGGAGGAGAGUGAACCCGACUCAUACAAGGGGGAGGCCGAGUUGGCAGAUGAGCCUCCUCGGUAUUCCGAACUCUACGACGUGAAGGACGGUAACGACGGUAAGGACAACUCCGCCAGAAGACGAGGCGCGCGUCGGUUUAGAAUAGCGUUUGCCGGUUUUGUUACGCUUAUUCUUUUCAGCAUGCUCGCCUUUUCCAAGUUUAGCUCGUCCGGCUGUCCAAUGGAUACCGACACGGCCGUGAACAAAGGCAACAUCGCCCUGGUUGUCUACGAAAAAGCGCAUAUGCCGAUGGACGACGGUCCAUCGUACGAGGUCUACCAUUUAGAGAUGGUUGGGCUGGACUGA